UCAACCGAUCGGUUUUCCUUUGUUGAGCUAUGUCGGCCGAAUCACCUGUCAAUUCGCGCCCGUGACAUUGAUCUUGAGGACAUAUGUACGUUUCUAUAACUGGCUCCCACGUUACCAUCGCACGUUGUCAUCGAUCGGACGCGCAACAAUGAGACGUAGUAAGCCGCGCGCAUUUCUCGCUGAUGCUUUGUGCUCCAAUCACGUCGUGAUAUUAUUUUCGCUCGGUAUGGGUGUAUGCGUGUUUAAAUGUCCUUCUUUGUUUUCUCUUUCUCUUUGGCAAACUGACUGUGCAUGUCUUGCUUGAAUUUCAAUUCGUAUAAGCAUCGAGUGGAACGUUUUAACGGAUGGCCGCGAGUUAUUGCUGAGUUAUCGUGUUGGAGUAAUGUCAUAAUGAUAUAUGCAUUAUGAUGCAACGUUAAUAACUUGCUGUCAGAGGGAGAGAAACUAUUUUUAUCCAUGAAAAAGAGAUCUUGGUUUGAUGACAGCCAUGGAAACAGAACUCCCAGAUCAAUUUUACCGAAUUCAAGCUGUCGAUCGUGCACGUAAAAUACCAAGCGUGAAUUAUUUGUGGGAUAAAUCGACAGAGGUGUAUGAACGUGUAAAAGGCACAAAUACAUUUUUAAACUGGGCCUUUGAUACUGUUGAAAAUGUGGUAAAUAUAAUGAUAGAAAAGUCUUUGCCAGUCGCUAAAUUAAUGGAGAAACCAAUUUAUACUCUGGAUAAAACAUUAUGCCAAGGUAUUGAUUUUGUUGAAGUAAAGCUGCCUAUAAUCAAAGAAGAACCUAAACAGAUUUUAGAUCGUACCAAAUCUAUCGUAUCAAAACGUUUCCGUCCCGCGGUUAAAACUUUUAUUGAUCUAAAACAGGAAACCAAGCAAAGAGUGAGAGUUAUGACUUUACUUACGUAUUACAAAGUUCAUUAUUUACGCGUUUACAGUUGGCAACAAGCAGACAAAGUUAUGUCAACUGAAACCGGCAUCAAUAUUUUAAAGACUGUCGAUAAUACUACUGAUUUUGCUGAGAUUAUGCUGAACAAGUACUUACCUCCACCGGAAGAAGAAAUUCACAUUAAUACAGAGAGAUUAUGUAGCGAACACGUUAAGCUGCAUCACACGAUGGAAAGACUGUGCGAAUUCAGUACUCGAGCCUGGCGACGUAUUUACUUUGCAAUGAUGGAAAGGUUGCAACAUAUGUAUAAGAUAGAGAUACUCAUUUUGGUAUUACAUGCGCUUGUGGUCAUCCAAGCAAUCAAGUUCUUAGAAUCGGUAGUGAACUUGAUUUUUAAAUUAUUCAGCGACUGCAUCUUUUCGUAUUAGAGGCACGCUCUAGUCUGUAAUAAUCACGUAUGCAACAGCACUUAAGAAAUGAGACUAUUUUUAUGAACUUUUACAAAAGUUAUGUCCGACACGGGAUAUUUUACUUGCAAACUGCGAAUUUUACUUAAUACGGGCGUCGUGAAACACGUGACCAUUCGUGGAAUAAUUUCACGGUUCAGAAUGGAUUAAAAAGAAGCAGUGCUCUCUCAGCCAUGAUAUACGACACCGUUUCAUAUAAUAUUCUAUAUUUGCAUAUUUCCGACAUUUUAAAUGACUCUGACUGCCGUUUGUUAAAAGAAAUGAUCUAUUUAUUUUUAAGAAAAAGGUAAAUCUUGAAAAAUAUAUAUAUAAAACAGAUUUUAUACAGCUAAUCCCUCAUAAUGUACAGGAUGUUCUAAUAUAUUUUUCAUAUUACAAAUAUUAAAAUCUCAACUAAUUAAUUUGAAAAAUUACUUAAAUAAAUGAACUAUAAUCCUGUAAUAACAAAUUAACAGUAUAAUUCUGUUUAUUUAAUUGAAACUAUCGAUUCUGAUUUAUAAGUACUUAAAAAUCCAAUAGAAAUUUUUGUUACAUAGAAACAAACAAACGUAAAAAUUAUAAAAUGUUUCAUGAAUUUUGUUC